AUGACGACUACCACCAAAACCCACUCCUUUCUAACCUCCCUGCCACUCGACCUCAUCUGCGCCAUUGUGUCUUGCAUGCGCGAAACCGAGUCUCUCAAGGCACUUUCCCUCACCCACUCCAUCUUUCGCGAUCCAUGCCAAAAACGACUUUUUGCCACACUGGCCUUGUUUCAUGAACCUCCAGCGGAAGCACUCGGUCCAAACUCCCGAGCAUUAUUACUGCCCCAUCGAGCACCUUCGGCAAAAGCCGUCUUGCGACGACUGGACGCGUCGCCUGAUCUUUCCCGCCAUGUAACGACGAUUGAACUGUAUCUCCCCGUCCUGGAUUCCAAUGGCUUGGUGUCUGUGAACUUCGGGUUAACCAUGUCGAUCCUAGCAAAGCUUCCCUCUCUCCGCGAGGCCAGUAUUGUUCAGAGUGCCUUAAAACCGAUGCAAAUCGGGAACUCCGUCAAGAGCACUCUUCGCAUCGUCAAAAUUUCUAAGCGCAUGUUCGAGAGAAUCAAUCUGUGGGACGUGGCACGCAUCCCCCCGUCGGUCGUGCCAGACAUUCUGGUUUCCGCUCCUUAUGUCGCGUUCUACUUCACCAGUGUUAGUGGACGUGUUGUGGAUAUGGCCACACAACCCAGACCCCUCAAACCACUCGAGCGUCUGCUCCUUUGCCACAGUCCAUCUGUGAACGACCUACUGCUGCGUUCGGAGUUUGCAUCUUACACGAAAGAUCUGCGUGAACUUACGCUCUAUGACAACAAAGCAGAAGAGGAGGGCGAGGCACCAUUAGGCCUGGUUUUUGCCACUGCUCGAACGCUCCAGCGACUGAGCCUCCAUUUCGUCAACCGAGAUAAGGACCACACGCAUGUCGUCCUCCCCGCUCGUCUGCCCAAUCUUCGCUUCCUCUUCAUUGCCUUUCCUCAACACGACGCCGACAAUGUCAAUGUGCAUGCAUGGAACCCGCCUGCAUUCCUUACAAAAGCCCUUUUUGGCCCGACCCUGCCUCUCCUAGCCCAAUUGGAGUUGCGUUUCUGCAUCCGCGUUGUCGAGAGCUCGCCUGGCGAGGUGGCGCGGGCCACCUUCCCCCGAGAAGGACUGCGGGAAUUCGAUGAUGCGUUGGCAUCACUUCCGAGAUUGGAGACUGACUACGAAGCACUUCCCAUAACAUCCACCGAGCGACGAAAACCCAGAAGAAACACCUUCCCAAUCCGCCUUCUCAUCCCGCUCGUGCUUGCCAUGAUGGUCGUCUCUGGUCUUCGCCACAUAGCGCGAAACGGGCUGCCACGAAUUGGGUGUCACCGACAGCUCGCAACGACGACGCUUCCCAGUCACUUCAAGUUGCCCUCUGGAGAUAGAAUACCCUCUGUCGCUCUCGGCAAGCACGCGGUCGUUCUCCAUCGUUGUUUUCUCACAUAUCGCAGGAUGCUGGAAGUCAGAGACGGACAAGGUCGGGGCAGCGGUCAAACCCUGAAAGCGGGAUAUCGACAUAUAGAUGGCGCCUGGAUAUAUCGUAACGAGGAGGAGAUUGGACAAGCAUUGAAGGAGAGCGGGGUUCCGAGAGAAGAGCUUUGGCUGACGUCAAAACUAUGGAAUACUUUCCAUGAGCCCGCAGACAUCGAACCAGCGCUAGACGACACCCUGAAGAAGCUUGGAACGGACUACCUUGACCUCUAUCUUAUUCAUUGGCCGCUAGCCCAGAAAAACGGACAACCAUACAACAAGACACUGACGGAGGACCCAUAUCCGACAUGGCAGAAGCUCGAGGAGCUGGUAGCGAAGGGGAAGCUUAGAAACAUUGGAGUUAGCAACUUCAAUGUCCGCAGGCUUCAAAACCUCACUGCAAACCCACUCAAAAUCCAACCCGCUGUGAACCAAGUUGAGAUCAGCUAUUGGGUCCCACAACCUGCGCUUCUCGAUUAUUCCAAGAAGCAUUCGCUUCUACUCGAGGCGUAUUCACCUUUGGGCGGCGAUGGCAAAGUCGGAGACACGCUGCGCCUGCCUGUCGUCACCAAGAUCGCCUCCCAGCUUGGAAUAACGCCUGCUCAGGUCAUCAUCUCGUGGAGCGUCCAGCGCGGCACAGUCGUGUUACCGAAGAGUGUUACGCCGAGUCGGAUCGUGGAAAAUCUUCAAGUGCAGGCCCUUCCUCAGGCGCUUUUUGACGAGCUUGAGGAGGCGGCGACAUCGCAUGAGCCGUAUCCAAGACUCAAUCCGAGCAAAGGCUGGGGACUCGACUUUGAUAUUUUUGACGGAGAUGAUGGAAAUUAG